AUGUCUGAAGAGCGUAAUAUACCCAUUGAUGUUGCACUAUUCCAAUCACUCGAAUCCAAAUCAGCCGAGCUAUCAUCUCAAUUUAUGGCGCAAGUGGAAAAUAUACAAAAGCAAUUGAAACAGAUGACUCAAUCCACAACAGAAGCAGAGCAUGUCUACAACUUGUCAGUCAAGAAUCUAGCAAACGAAAUAGACUCGAGUACAAAAAAGACGGUUGAGUUGAUCACCCAUUGUGAUGAGCUCGAUAAAGAUCUAGCACAACUAUCCGAGCUAUCGAGACAAGUAAAAUCUGUCAACAAAGCACUGGAUCAACUUCAGCAAAUGUUGUCCCAGAAAUAA